AUGCCGGUGGCUGACAUCAGGCAAGGAGGUGCAACUCCAAGGCGCCAUGCUGGAGCUGAAAUGGCUGCUUAUCAGGGGUCCCGCCUGUGGAGCCGCCACACCAUACACAAGGAGAAGGAAGCCAAGAACGCAGAGGUGAAGAUCAACUGCAGAGACAUCAUAUGCGUCCAGGAUAACUGGGACGUGGAGGAGUUUGUCUCAAAGGUGUGCAUGGGCAGGUUUCUCAACCAUCCCGCCUUUAAAAUCACGCUGGCCGCGCUCAUCAUCGGCAACGCGCUCAUCAUCGCUAGCCGGACGGAGACGAAGGUCGAAGAGAAAUACUACGGGUUGUUCUCUGCCAUAGAUAACAUCGUCUUGACUGUCCUUACCUGUGAGGUGCUUCUCAACUGGUACUAUGGAUUCCGGAUGUACUGGAAGGACGGUUGGAACGUCGUCAAUUUUUUUAUCGUGGCAUAUCUCUGCGUGGGGCCUUUCAUCCCUGUGCUGAACAACCAAAAAAUUUUCCGGGUCCUCAGGGUGAUGAGGCUGAUGCACGUCUGCACGCUGGUCAACGGGCUGGCCAGGAUGAUCCGGGUGAUCCUACAGUCCAUCCCAGACAUGGCCAAUAUCAUGGCUCUGCUCUUUGUCAUCAUGCUGGUCUUUUCAGUGUUCGGAGUGACACUCUUUGGAAAUCUGGUCCCGAUGCACUUUGGAAAUCUAGGGGCAUCUUUGUAUUCGCUCUUCAUCUGCCUCACGCAGGACGGAUGGAUGAACAUAUAUAAGAUCUUUGAGGAAGAGGGGAUCGCCCUGAAAAUAGGGGGUGGCCUUUACUUUUUCAUCUUCAUCACGGGCGGGGCCUUUAUCUGCACCAACCUGCUGGUGGCCGUGGUGACGUCAAACCUGGAGCAGACAAUGCUCGCCUACGCUGAGGAGAAGCAGAAAAGAGACCAGCUCCUCCACCCCGACAAGUACGUGGACCGGGAGUUCGAUGUUGGGGAUGACGACUCAUCUCCGGAGCUGAACUUGGUGCAUUUGAAAGCAGUGAUGCAGGAUACUCUCAUGACGCAUCGCCAGAUGCCGCUGAUCUCCGGCAACCUGGGCAACCUGACUGAAGCUACCUGUGACGAUUUCUGUCUCAUCUUGGAAGGGAUCCAAGAGAACCUGAAACGAUACAAAGAGAUCCGGGAUGAGCUUAGCACAAUAGUCAAGGAGGUGAGGUCCAUCGCGUUCAAUAAGGAACAGGAGGAGGAGAGAGUGCUGCGAAACGUCCAGAACACCAACAUCUCUGACGGCCUGCUUUGCAACGAGGUGGCUGCUGGCAGGUCUGGAGAUAUCCUGUCCACGCUGAUGACUCUGGAGAAGGCGAACAUGAUUGACCCACAGGAUGUCACGUCAUCAGGGUACCACAAGGGGGCAGUGAAGAUGGCUUUCUUGAAAGCCCGACGCCAGUCUCUUCUUAACCAGUCAGUCCCUCCGUAG